CAACAUCGACGACCCUCAUCUUCAAACAAAUCGUCAAGCAUUUGUUACUUGAUGCCGUUCCUUUGACUUGAGGAUGGUAUAGUUUUGGCUUGCUUAGAGCUCUCGGCGCGAAGAUACAAGUUUGUUAGUGCUCAUAAUUCUCAUCAUCGCCGCUCAUGUCAAGGUUGGUGGUGUUGAAACCUUCGAUGAACGUGCAACCUAACUCUGAGGCAGCCAAAUUAGUUCCUUUGAGCCUGAGCCUGAGCUUCAAGCUUGAGCUUAAGUUUCUGCAAGUCACAAGCUGAACGCUCGUCUUGAAACACUUCUCUUUGGGCCCGGAUAUUACAGUACUAUGCAAUAGCAAAAGGCAGGUUGCUUAGAAGGGCGUCCUAUCCUGUGCGAUAUGUUUGGGGUUCCUGCGCACCUCCUAUACUAACACCUGGAAUGCGUCGCCGGUUGGUUGUUAGUCUUUAGGUCAUAGAUCCUCCGAAUAACCUUCGUGUGUGAUUCACACCGAAAUACUUCAGUGAUCUCCUGUGGCAACGCCGGACCCCUACAACAAUAGUCUCGACCGGUCCUGACGCUAACGAGAUAUCGAACCACGACAAUUCAACCAAUCACAUGGGGUCAUUAAAGCUUCCUGCACAUAUGUUAAUCCAACGAUUGUAUAAAGAGAUAUCUUCGAGCCCACUUCGUCUUGCCGCAGUAGCAUUCUUCUGCUAUGGCUAUACAAGACCCCGUUCCUGAACCAAAAGUUCACGUCGUUCUCCUCGCUACCGAAGCUUGGGGACACACUAGGCCUCUCUGCACCUUUGCUGCGAGGUUGGCUCAGACUCGCCGCGUCAAUGUCACAUUGUUCACCGCUCCCAACUUCGCGGAACGCGUUGAGGCUGAGCUAUCACGCAGUUUCGGCCCUUCUGACGAAGCGUUGAGAGACCUUAUCAGGGUUGCUACACUGGACAUGGGUGAGAGGAAGACAGUCGACGCACUUGGUUUUGCUGCAUAUAACGAGGCAUUCGCCCGGGCUUACGCAAAACUGGUCGAUGGAGACACUAUUAUUUGCGCUCACACUCACAAGAAAAUCAAGCCCAUUUCAGCCCCUGAUGCUGUGGUUAUGGAUUUCUUCUGUGUCUCUGGUCUAGAGGCCGUCCGAAAGUUAAGCAAGAAGCCUGUGAAAGUGUUAGCAUGGAUGGCAUGUCAUGCUUCUGUUCUCAUCUACCCUUUUGCACCCGAGAGCAGAGGAGGUAGAGGAGACUAUCGUCCGAAAGUCAUGGCUGAGGCGGCAAGCACUGGACGACCCAUAGAGGAAGUCGCUGAGAAGGUCAUGAAUGCGUACACCGGUGCCAUCGUACGUGUCCCCGGUCUGCCCCUGAUGUAUGAUUACGAAUUGUCGCCCCAAGUGGUACAUCUUGAAGGAUUUGCAGGUGUCUUCUACAUGAUGAUGCAGACGUUUAUUGAUGCCUGUGAUGGCACGAUUCUGGUCACCGCAGAGCCACUAGAACCCGAAGGCGUCGCAAAGAUUAGGGCUUGGUUUGCAGAAACCUCGAGGAAAACGUACGCCGUUGGACCCUUGUUUCCUCUUGGCGAGAACGCUGUUUCGGGAGAGAAGGCUCAGUCCGACAAGCCGACAGAGAUCGACGAGUUCCUAGAGACUACGCUGCAGUCAUCUGGCCCAAAGUCGUUGUUAUAUAUUGCCUUCGGCUCUUUGUACUGGCCGACGGAGCCGGAGAAGAUCUGGGCGUUCCUCGAUGUUGUAAUGGAGAAAAAGAUCCCAUUCAUUCUCAGCCACGCAUCCCCAUUCGCUGUCGUGCCCGAUGAGGUGACUGCUAAGGUGAAAGCCUAUGGCUUAGGUAUAUUGUCAAAAUGGACUCCGCAACAAACCAUCCUCGCUCAUCCGGCAAUUGGUUGGUUUGUUACACAUUGCGGUAUAAACAGUACCCUCGAAGCCAUCGCUCUUGACGUACCAAUGAUUUGCUGGCCUUUCCAUGUGGAUCAGCCAACCUUGUCUGCUCAACUUUCUGAGAUUCAUGAUGUUGCGUACGAACUCGUGGAAGUUCGCACUGGGACAUCGGGACUUAAGCCGCUUCAUCGCACCGGAAAGGCACCUACGGGCACGCUUGAGGCCUUGCGUGAAGAGGCUGGACUUAUUCUCGAUCAAGCGUACGGUGAAGACGGCGCGAAGAAGCGUGCCAAUUUGAAGAAGCUGCAGAAAGCGAUCCUGAGCACAUGGACCGAGGAUGGGUCAGCGCGACGGGACGUAGAUAGGCUCGUUGCAUCGUUGCAGUCUUAGUAAAGUUGAUCCGUCAGAUUGUGAUAGACUCAAGCAUCAUGUAUAGAGGAAGUCUUAAACAGGAUAUAAUUAACUUUAUCUACUACAUUGCUUCGACUUUGAGCUUCAAUGAGCCAACGUUUAAGUACGAAAGAGGCAGGUCCUUGCCCAGAUUGAGAGCGAUCAAAGUGCCACGCGAGCGUUACGCACGGACCAGGUCUGGCAGUAUAUAAGGAGGAACUCCCACAUUGUUGCUUCCUUAGAACAUACUCAGCUAGGAUCUAUUUUAUAGUUUCUAACUCGAGUCUCGCAUGUUUACACAUGCCACACCUUUCAAAUUCAGUCGAUGACAAUCGCAUUCGCCCGUCAUACCGAGAACAUGGCUUGCAAACUUGCUUUGUGGGUCUCGAGGACGUUUGGUUUCUUUCUCGCUUGUGCUGCUCUGCAGUCGGUGGAAAACUAACCAGCGGGUUGAAUGUUCGUCUGAUGGAUUCCAUUCGUAUUAUUACUUGCUGUAAAAUAAUACCUUUUAAAUGGA